GCCAAGCCCGCCGUCGAUCUGCCUCAGUUCGGGACCACAACAUCGCAAUGAUUGCGCCGAUGAGGGGUGCGUAGACAGCUUGUUGUGCACUCUCAUCAUGGCCUCCUCCACCUCGACGACAUUCGAUGUCGAUGUAGAAGAACAUCCGGCCAGUAGCGAGACCGAUCAGGAGCUUGUCCGACGCGCAAGCGAGGACACGGUUUAUGGCAGGAAAUGCGCGCUCGUGAAUCGCUGCUUUCAAGAAGAGAUAGGCUUUGGACGCUACCAAAUCGAACUCUUCCUGUUGACUGGCCUGGGCUGGAUGGCGGACAAUAUCUGGCUUCAGGGCGUCGCAGUCGUUCUUGUUCAAGUCCAGCAGGAGUUCAAGCCAUCCCGUGUCGAGUUCGCAACACUCGCACUGUAUGUAGGCCUUAUCUUGGGCGCCAGCGUCUGGGGCACUCUCGCCGACAUGAUCGGGCGCAAAGUAUCAUAUAACGUUACGCUCCUCAUUGCAGGGGUAUUCGGUAUAGCGGCCGGAGGUGCUCCUAACUUCGUGACUUUUGCGGCGCUCGUAGCCUACCUUCUAAGGUCUUUGACAUGCCUGGUGUUCGUCUUCCGCUUCUUCGUUUUCGACCUACAAGAGUCGUCAAAGUACCUUUUGGCGAGAGGACGCGACGAAGAGGCGCUAGAGGUUGUUCAUCCUGUUCUCCUCGACUAUCCUCGUCAUGACCGAUAUUACCAGGUUCUUCAGCACAUAUCUCGGCGCAAUGGCCGUACCAUCAGCCUCACAGUCGCUGAACUCAAGGCUGUGGAAGAGAAGGCCGGCCGAACCAAGGACGUGGGCCGGCGCUCUUUGAAGCCAUCCCUAUCGCAUCUCAAACCCCUCUUCAAUGGGCGUCGACUAGCCAUCAACACCACCAUGACGAUCCUAUUGUGGGGUUUGAUUGGCCUCGCCUACCCGCUCUUCAACGCCUUCCUACCGCUUUAUCUAGCAGACCGCUUAUCCGACAGCGACUCGUCCACCGGCACCACGUACCGCAACUAUACGAUCAUCUCUGUACUGGGCAUCGUCGGCCCCGGCAUCGCCUGCCUCUUCGUCGACUGGACGCGCUCGAACGCCAACAUCGACCACAAUGUCAAACACGCCGACAGCGAGCCCACCCGCAAGUUCGCCCUCGUCGGCCGCAAGCUCGUCAUGGCUCUCAGCACGCUCCUCACGGGCGUCUUCCUAUUCCUAUUCACGACGAGCAAGACCGACGCCGCCGUGCUCGGGUUCUCGUGCGCGUCCGCGCUCACGGCGAAUGCGAUGUACGCGGUGCUGUAUGCGUACACGCCGGAGGUCUUCCCCGCACCACAUCGGGGCACGGGCGACGCAGUGUGCUCUGCGUUCAAUCGGAUCGCUGGUGUGCUUGCGCCGGUCAUCAAGAUCGCGACGACGUCCAGGGAGGGGGGAGCGACUGGGAUGGCGGCGAAUUUACCCGUCUUCAUCUCUGCGUCUCUUUUAGUGGUGGCUGCGGUGCUGAUGGCGUUCUUGCCCAUAGAGACAUCAGGCAGAGCUGCAUUGUAGAGGUGCGAUGGAUGGCAUGAAUAAUUUCCUGGCGACUCCCGUUCGCAUCCGCUCGGUAGAAUAUUUCGAUAGUGCAUAUAGGUACAAACGUGGUCUAGGUUUCAUGCGGCAUGCGUGGUUCAGUACGCAUUGAACGUCGCAGGCAAACCCUCGGGGAAGUACUGCUUGAACAGCUCCGGGUAGUGGAUCUGUCCGACGUCGGGAUGGCUCUUAACCCGCCCGAUGAGAUUGACCUUGCCAGAUGGCUCGCGGUCGAACUCGGUAAAGUUGACAGAAUCAGUCUUGCUAACCUGCCCCCGCG